AUGGAAAGUCGAUCGACUUUUCAAGCGAUCGCUCCAAGAUUGAACGCUCCAACUCAAACUGAAGCUGAUGCAAGAGAAACAGAGAUGGCUCAAAACAAGAUUCUCUAUUCUGCAAAGCUCGACGAGAACAUGCAAAGAGCAGCCUACUUUGAGACAAACAAGAGAACCGUCAAAUCAAACAUCAUGCUAAAGUUUGUGACAAAGGCGAUGGAUAUCAAGCUUCGAGGUGAAGCCGAUUUCACGACUACUCUUGAAGAUCCGAUCAAACUCUUGAAACGUAUUGAACGAUUCAUGAAGAAGAGUGCUGAUGCUGACUAUGAUUUCUUGGAUUUCUGGGAAGCGAAUCAAAAGUACUUUGCUAUGAAGCAUGUAACAACGGAAAACUUCAUGCAUUUCAAGGAACGAUUCUUGAGACAGGCUGAAGUCCUGCAAGAUCUAUAUGGCGUGGCCUGGUUCUGA